GGAAGACCCCCCUCUCUCUUUCUCUCCCUUCUCCAGAAGGCGACGAGUCCUUCUGGAUCUCUCUUUCCUGCCUGACGGGAGAAACUUCUGGAGGCCCAACCGAGGCAUUAAGACCGGGCGACACAGCCAGUUUGGAGGAAGAUAUCCAAACACAAGCGAUCAAGAACAGACUGCAGAGUGACGAAGAGAAGAAGGAGACAUCCACCACAAGGCCAACAUGACUCUGCUGUGCUAUAACAAAGGCUGUGGACAGAAUUUUGACCCCGACAAGAACAAGGAAGAUUCCUGCCUCUUCCACCCGGGAGUCCCCAUCUUCCACGAUGCACUGAAGGGUUGGUCCUGCUGUAGGAAAAGGACGACAGACUUCUCUGAGUUUCUCUCCAUCAAGGGCUGCACCCGCGGGCGCCACAGCAACGUGAAACCCCAGGAGCCUCUGAGGCCGGAGGUGUCAUCAGAUAAGGGCGAGAUUAAGAACGCCGACAGCCAGGAGAUAAUCUAUCAGGGCCCCAAAUCUGCAGAGACACUUCAGAGAGAGAGACCCAGCUCAGACGAGCCAAUGACCAAACUCCCCCAAAAAGUGUCGCCGUCGCUGACUCAGGCGCUGGAAAAACUGGACAUCGGCAAGAGAGAGACCGAGAAGAAAGAGAGCCAGUCUGUUAUACAUGGGACCCGCUGCAAAAACACAGGGUGCAAAACAAGCUAUCAAGGCCCACAGACCGACAUGGAGGUCUGCAUCCACCACCCUGGAGCGCCAGUCUUCCAUGAGGGGUACAAGUACUGGAGCUGCUGCUGCAUCAAGACAACAGAUUUCAACGCCUUCCUGGACCAGAAGGGCUGCACCACAGGGAAACACCGCUGGAUCCCAAAGCAGGACAAGAAGAAGGUGGCGUGUCGAUAUGACUGGCAUCAGACUGGCAACAGCGUUGUCGUGUCCAUUUACGCCAAGAACGCAAACCCGGACUUUUGCAGUAUAGAGGCCAACCGGACAGUGGUCUCAUGUCAAAUCCAGUUUGAGAACAGUAAGAUUUUCAAGAGAGACUUCCACCUCUGGGGGGUGAUCGAUGUGAAGCACAGCUCAGUCAGCAUGGUCCCGUCUAAACUGGAGAUCAACCUCUGCAAGGCCGACCAGGUGGCCUGGGGCAAACUGGAGGACCCAAACUACAAACCUGAGCCAGAGCCUGUAGAUGACGACUUCAUCGAAUCCAAUGAGACGCAACAGCCCGACUGGGACAUCGACGACGACGACAUUAGCGACGAGGAGUGGGCCUACGACACGCCGGAGAAUAAAAAGAAGGAGGAGGUCGCCGGAAAUCAGGAGGAGAACAAGGAGGAAGAGGCGUCGAAGUUAAAAAGGAAGGAGGUGGAGGAGGAGAUGAAGAAGGUGCUGGAAGAGCGGUUGAAGGCAGAGGAGGAGAAGAUGAAGCUAGAAGAGCAGAGGAGACAGGAGGAAGAAGGAUACGAAGACAUGCCAGAUCUCGAGUGAAAAGGAGCUGAUUUUUAGAAAUAGAAAAUGAGAAGACAGAUUUUUAUAAUGUAGAAGGACAUAUUUAUUUCUGAAAUAAUUAGAUUUUAACUCUGUUUUUGAGCUUUUCAGAUGUGAAGACAAAGAUGUACCUUCGGUAAACGAAAU